GCGGAAACGCCCGGCUUUCCCCGGCUUCCCGGCCGGCCCGGGGCCCCCCGGUCUCCCCCUGGCUGGGUCCUCCUUGGGCGGGGCAGGGCCGGCCGGGGAGGGGGCGCGGGGCCUUUGUUAGGGAGCCAGGCCCCAGCCCCCGGGACAAUAGAGACACCCUCCCGGACUCCUUUCCCCGGCCGGUCCGGGCUCUGGGCUGGCGGCCACCGAGAGGGGUCGGGACGCGUCCCGCUCUGCCUACUCUCUGGGGGUCGCCCUGUCCCGGCCCGCCGCUGGCCUUGGGCGGCUCGGCUCUCCUCCCCCCCAGUCGGUAUGAUGCAGCAGCAGUGCCGCAAGGACGGGAGAAGAGCCGCGGCACGGCCUGCUACCCUUCCCAGUGCCCCUGGCUCGUUUGUCAGUCCCCACCCCACUCGAGGCCGGCAGCUCCUUAAACUCGUACCCACCGUUCAGUGGGGCCCCGAACUGUGGGCGCUGUUUCUGAACCCAACGCCCUGUUGCCGCCCGCUGUGCUAUGAGCAGUCAGAGCGCCGUCUCCACAAGAGUUUACAAAUGAAAAUGGAGGAAAUGUCUUUGUCUGGCCUGGAUAACAGCAAACUAGAGGCCAUCGCUCAGGAGAUAUAUGCGGACCUGGUCGAGGAUUCUUGUUUGGGAUUCUGCUUCGAGGUACACCGGGCUGUCAAGUGUGGCUACUUCUUCUUGGAUGAUACGGAUCCUGAUAGCAUGAAGGAUUUUGAGAUCGUGGACCAGCCUGGGUUGGACAUCUUUGGACAGGUUUUCAACCAGUGGAAGAGCAAGGAGUGUGUUUGCCCCAAUUGCAGUCGCAGUAUUGCUGCUUCCCGCUUUGCCCCCCACCUGGAGAAGUGCCUGGGAAUGGGUCGUAAUAGCAGCCGAAUCGCCAACCGUCGGAUUGCCAAUAGCAACAAUAUGAACAAGUCUGAAAGUGACCAAGAAGACAACGAUGACAUCAAUGACAAUGACUGGUCCUAUGGCUCAGAGAAGAAAGCCAAGAAGAGAAAAUCAGACAAGCUAUGGUAUCUCCCAUUCCAGAACCCUAAUUCCCCUCGAAGAUCCAAGUCUUUAAAACACAAAAAUGGGUUCUCUGUCUGUACCUCUGCAUCAAACACCCUUCCCCUUCUUUUUUCUUCUUCAGGGGAACUUAGCAACUCCGACCCUUUUAAGUAUAGCAAUUCAACUGGGAUCAGCUAUGAGACCCUGGGGCCAGAAGAGCUUCGGAGCCUGCUCACCACGCAAUGUGGAGUGAUUUCUGAACAUACCAAGAAGAUGUGCACAAGGUCACUACGCUGCCCCCAGCACACGGAUGAACAGAGGCGAACCGUACGGAUUUAUUUCCUUGGGCCCUCAGCUGUCCUCCCAGAGGUUGAGAGCUCCUUGGAUAAUGACAGCUUUGACAUGACUGACAGCCAGGCCCUCAUCAGCCGGCUUCAGUGGGACGGCUCUUCUGAUCUCUCACCUUCUGAUUCAGGCUCCUCCAAGACUAGUGAAAAUCAAGGAUGGGGUCUAGGUACCAACAGCUCUGAAUCUCGGAAAACCAAGAAAAAGAAAUCCCAUCUGAGCUUGGUAGGGACUGCCUCCGGCCUGGGCUCCAACAAGAAGAAAAAGCCAAAGCCACCGGCUCCCCCAACGCCCAGCAUCUAUGAUGACAUCAACUGACUUGGGUGCAAAGGAUAGCCUUUGGCUGAGAGAGCCCUCUCUCCCAACCCCCACCCAGGCAGCAUAGCCUGGCAUAUGGACAGCUGCUGGGGGUUCGGGCUUGGGAAGCUUGGUGGCCCAGGCAGGCAGAGGAUCCACUUAUGUGCCCCUGGGGGGUGUCAGGGUCCUCUGCAACGAAGCAUGACCCCUCGGCGUGCAGGACUCAGACCUGGACAUAUUAUGCCUUGGACAUAAGUUUGGUGGGGAGGUGGUUUUCCUAUUUAUUCUGUGAGUUACUGGAUGUCCAGCUAGGCUGGGGGCCUGACCUGGGUACUGUGCCAGGGCACUGCCUGCUCCCCACCCCAGGAACUGGACUAAGCCCUGCCGAGGGGCACUGUGGCUACCCAGGCGGCUUUGGUUUGGAAGCUGAGCCCAGAGGGGGCCUCCCCUGGCUGCCCUCAGCAAUGUGAAUGGGUCUGGUGCUUGGAGCUGAGGGGCAGGGCUGGUGUGUCCUGUCUGUGUGCAGAGUCCUAUCAGAUGUUCCCAGUCCCCGGGGUCGGCAGGCAGAGUGCUGCCUGCCGAGGUGGGCGUCCAGAAAUGCCUCACAGGGGCAGCCCUUUCCCCUCAGUCCCCAUGGGCCUCCUUGGCAGCAGGAGCUGUCCUUUUGUUGUUGGGUGCCAGGAAAGGGCCUCUAGCCUCUACAGCUUCAAGGACUGGGAAGGGGAGGGUAGGAAGAGGGAGCCUGUAUCAGAGUGGCCCCCUGCCCUCCCUGCCCCAGGGCUGUGAGGACAGCCCAGGUGAGAGGGACGGUGCUGCUUUAUUUGAAAUGUUUCUUACCUCAUUCCCUGCCCCAGGAAGGGGCCCAGCCUCACCCUCCUGGGGUGGCCCCAUGUUCACCCUCCCAUCCUGCCCCCUCCCCACCCCUGCCCUGCCCUGCCCUGCUGGGGCAGCCUGAGUUCCCAGCUGCUGCUUGCCACCCUUCACCUUGACCAGCUUUGGUUCCUCUCAGUGCUCCCGCCUCUAAAGCCUGCCCUGUUCCCCCUCCCUUGCCGCUUUUAAGUUAUUUAUUCUGUACUUGUGGUUUGGGGCUCUGAGGAAAAACCCUAAUCUUGUGCCUCUCUCCCUUUGCUAGGAGGAGUAGGGUGGGAUGAGAAGGUAGUCUCUGCCCUGGGUUGUCAGUGGAGGUUGGAUGGGUGCUGUUGCCCCUCUGUGGGACUGUCAUGCCAGGGCACCCACCUACUUGGCCUACAUCCUGAAGAGAUGUACUGUCACACCUCCCAAGAAGGUGGUAUCAUGCCUUGGGACUGAGCUGGAGGACCUGGGAAUGGGCUGGAGUACAGCUGACUGAUCGGGAUGGGGUUGACCCUGAGCCAAGUUUUCUGGCACUUGGUAUACAUGUCCCCUCUCUCCCCAGGAGGAGGCACUCACUCCCACAUUGGGUAGCUAGUACCCAGGACUGGUUGGACUUAUUUGGGUUAGGGACCCUAGAGGGUUAAGGGAACAACAGAGCUAGGGUUGUAGAACCCUGUCUGGAACCCCAAGUCUCCCCCUGGGGUGGUUCUGAUUGUGGCUGAUGCCUGGUUACAAAUUGGUUUUUAACCCAAGCAUUGUGAUUAUUUUUUAAAAAGUCAAACCAAUUUUGGCAGGAGUUAGAAUAAAUCCUGGAGCCUGGGCUCCUCUGUCCUUGGCCCUCCACAGCCUUCUCCCUUGAGGGGGGGGGGGACUAAAGGGGGAGAGAAGGUUCUCAGCGGCUUCCAAGCACUGGCUUGGGAGCCUGCUGAAGGUCAGGGGAAGCCGGACCAGGCUGCUAUCCCUUCAGAGAAGUAGCUGCAGCUCAGGCCAACUCACUCUGUUCUCCCUCCUCUCCCGUUCUUCUCUGGUUAGAGGGAGUAGUUUGGGAACUGGUUUGUCCACAAAAACUUCCCUAUUGUUCUUUGGCUCACCCUCAGGGCAGAGCCCCCUGCCCAGGCUGGGUAAGAGAUGGGCUUGGUCCAGCAGGGACCCUGAGGGAACAAACCCCUUCUGGGGAGUAUGCCCCCCUACCGUGUAGUUGAACAGGGGCUAGGAACUCCCCCCUUCCUCCCUCUAACAGCAGGCUGUGUGGGUUUCAAUUCCCAUCCUCCCCACCCUGGCUAGGUGUCGUCCGCCCUGUACCCUAUCAUGUGUCUGAGUGUGUGUGGGGGGGUUCUGUACUAAUUUCCAUGGCCGGUGGCUUUUCCUUCCAUGCAUCACUCCCCCCCGCAUGCCCAGGGGCCACCCGCCUGGCAUUACCGCAUGCUGGGGUCAUUGGGGGAGGGGGGUGGGGCUCACGCUGUCCUGUGGUCUUGAGAUUUUUAUUUUUGCAUAUGUAAUCCAUCCUGUACAGGUAGCUAACUUUGUAAACGCUGUGUAUUCCCGUUGCCCCCAUGGCUGCUGGUGUAAAUAAACUGCAUCUCCCGUUGGUA